GACUUGUGUGAAAAUGUAGAGACGAUCAUUACGACUUGUUGCUGCUGCAGUAGUAAUCUUGAGCUAUAUGAGGUAUAUACGUGCGUACAUACUAAGAAAGAAUGACCCCUUCUAUUAGCUUGCUCAUCCACAUUGCUGGUCUGAUUGCUGUGUCACAGUUAAUCUUCAGUGGUAACUAUGGGCAUGUUAAUGGCAGUCUCAAUGGCAAUGUGACUGGAGCUCUAGAAAAAGUCUUAGAUACUGUGUCUUCAUGGGGCCUACCAUUCAGCUCUAGCUCUGACGGCGUGAGCGUGGGAUGGCUGCUCAACAUGUUGUUGUAUUCAGCUGCAACUCUGUACAUCUUGUAUAUUGGCAGGAACUUGUACCAGGCCUUCUUUGGAGUUGUGGAGUUGUACUGUCCCGAAACAAAGGCCGGCUUUGACUUCCCUGGUAGAAAAAUGGAGGUCACGAAACGAGAUUUCGUUAAUGAAGUACGAAGAAGAAAGAAAAUGGGAGAUAUUCCACCACCUUUUCCGAAUGGUUGGUUUGCCCUCCUCCGCUCUACUGAACUGAAAGCUGGGCAAAGUACUGCUGUGAAUGCACUGGGACAAAACUUUGCUGUGUUUAGAGAUGACAAAGGGAAUGCUCAUGUUCUAGAUGCCUACUGUGCUCAUUUGGGUGCAAACUUGGGCGUGGGUGGUAAGAUCUAUGGCUCGUGCAUUCAGUGUCCAUUCCAUGGCUGGCAGUUUGAUGGUGAGACAGGCCAGUGCACCAAGAUCCCGUAUGCUAAGGGGAAGAUCCCGGCCCAGGCCAAGGUAAAGGCUUGGCCCACCUUGGAGUGCAAUGGUGCCAUCCUCGUGUGGCAUGAUGCCGAGGGAAGAGAGCCAUUUUGGUCCCUGAAGGAUCUAGAGGGGAUAGCCAACGGUCGCUUUGUGUAUCGACUCUCUUCUACUCAUUUUAUCAAUGCUCAUAUAGAGGACAUCCCAGAGAAUGGUGCUGAUGUAGCUCACCUGACAUACCUUCACGGAGCAGGUGUUUCCUCUGGCUCUGGAAUGAACUAUCGUGAGCUUCUCUCUGGGAGACUGCACACACACAGUUGGACAGCUCGCUGGGAAUCUCUUCCCGAACCAUCUACUUAUAUCGGUCGUAUGACUCUUACCAUGACCAACAGUAUACUGGGAGUGAAUUUCAAGUCAUUGGACAUUACGUCUAUUGCUGACCAGAUGGGACCUGGAGUGGUGUACCUGUCUCUUAAGUCCAAGUUUGGCACUGUGCUGCUCCUGCACACUCUGACUCCAUUGGAGCCCUUCUUGCAGAAAUAUUCUCUGGUGGCCUACUCUGAUUGGUGGAUUCCCACAUUCCUCGUCAAGUGGAUGGUGCAGGGCUAUGAUAUUCAGUUGGAGCGAGAUAUGAUAGUGUGGAACAACAAGCGUUACAACCUCAAGCCACUCCUGGUACGUGAAGAUGAACUCAUACUGAAGCACAGGCGCUGGUACUCACAGUUUUACUCUGAGAACAGUGAAAAAUUUACCUUUAAAAGAAACGAACUUGAUUUUUAAUUACAUGAGUCUAGAAACUAUUCUGUUUCUUAAUUUUGGGUUGUGUUUUUGUGUUCAUUUAUAAUAUAGACAGUCUAGGGCUCCUAUCCUAAUAGUAUUUUGAUUAUCACCAACUAGAAAGUUAUUAGCACGGAGUUGUACUUUAUAUCUUACUAGAAGUACAUGCUGCAGGUAUCUCCAUCUCGUGGCUGUUCCACCAACUUUAAUCUUGCAUGGAAAUGUCUUUUAUCAGGCACUCUUGCUUUUAUUCAUAGUCAGGAUAAUUAUUUGACCUUUUAUGUGGACCUUUACCAUAUACAAGUUAAAUGUGAA